AUGAGUGUUUUCAAUAUUGCCGUUUUGCUUCUAUCAGUAACUGGUUCGGAUUUAUUGCCAGUAGAGGACAAGGAUGUGGACAUAUUAGUUCCUGACGAUUUUGAGUAUAGUAAUGGCAUACAAGGAGGUGAUGUUGGCAUUGAUUUAUCCAGUCUAGGUCCAGAUGCCUACGUUUCACCCAACAACAGCAGUGGUAACGCUCUAUCGGAAUGGUCCGAGUCAUCGCUGGUGAAUCCCGAAGAAUUGGGCAAUUAUGGACAGGGCGAUAUCUUAAUGCCCCAUUACCUGACCAGGAACGGUAUGAAGGAACAGUCCUCGCGCUGGCCCAACGGAAUUAUACCAUACUCUAUAGAAGGAGGAUUUAAUCAAGACCAAAGAGAUAUGAUUAUGAAGGCCAUUGCAGACUACCACCGUCUGACUUGUCUUCGUUUUGUGCCUUACAAGGGACAGUCAGACUACAUUGCCAUAACCAGCGCAAAUACUGGAUGUUGGUCCAGUGUUGGACGGAUUGGGGGCCGCCAAGAAGUGAACCUGCAAGCGCCCGGCUGCACCACAAAGAAGGGUACAGUGCUGCACGAAAUCCUCCACGCUGUCGGCUUCACCCAUGAGCAGAGUCGUCCCGAGAGGGAUGACUACGUCACGAUCAAUUAUAACAACGUGAAACCGGGUUCGGAGAACAACUUCAAGAAGUCGGACAGCAAAUACGUUAGCGGCUUCGGCGUCUCCUACGACUACAACAGUGUUAUGCACUACUCGGAGUACGCGUUUUCUAGAAACACUAAGAAAACUAUUGAACCUAAGGUGGGAGGAGUGAAACUGGGUCAGAGGGAGGGACUCAGCCGCGGCGACGUGAGGAAGGUUAAUAAUAUGUACAACUGUAAAAAACAGGAGCCUCAAAAUGGGUGGUUAGCCGACAUAUGGCAAAACAUCUUCGGCGGCGACAAAACAUCUAAA